AUGGAUCCCAAGAACCCGAAUCGACAUCAAGUACCAAAUUUCUUGAACCCACCACAACCACCGCGAAAUCAGGGCAUGGUAGGAGAUGCCUCCGACGAUAACAACAAGGACGAGAAUCAUCAUCAGCAGCUCAAUCAUCGCAAAUCAGCUGAGAUUAAGGAUUUCCAGAUCGUGGUCGCUCCCUCCGACAAAGAAGGGAACAAGAAGCAGCAGAACCAGAGUAAUCAGCUUGGUCCUAAGAGGAGCUCUAACAAAGACAGACACACUAAAGUCGAAGGUAGGGGUCGGAGAAUCAGGAUGCCCGCGCUCUGUGCUGCUAGGAUUUUCCAAUUGACUAGAGAAUUGGGUCACAAAUCGGACGGAGAAACAAUCCAGUGGCUGCUUCAACAAGCCGAGCCGUCGAUUAUCGCAUCCACCGGUUCAGGAACCAUACCGGCCUCUGCUUUGGCUUCAGCUGCUGUCUCUAACCAUCAUCCUCAAGGUGGGUCUCUCACUGCUGGUUUAAUGAUCAGCCAUGACCUAGACGGUGGUGGGUCUAGUAGUGGUAGACCAAAUUGGGGAAUUGGCGGCGGAGAAGGAGUAGGAGGAGCUUCUAGGUCAAAUUUACCAACUGGGUUGUGGCCAAAUGUAGCUGGGUUUGGAGCUGGUGUGCAAACCACAGGGGUGAUGAGUGAAGGUUACAGAAUUGGGUUUCCUGGGUUUGAUUAUCCUGGUGUUUCCAACAUUGGAGCUAUGAGUUUUGCAUCUAUUCUUGGUGCUAGUGGUGGUAAUAACAAUCAAAUGCCUGGACUUGAGUUAGGGUUGUCUCAAGAAGGGAAUGUUGGGGUUUUGAAUCCACAGAAUUUUACACAGAUGUAUCAGCAGAUGGGUCAAGCUCAAGCUCAGGCUCAGGCUCAGGCUCAGGCUCAGGCUCAGGCUCAGGCUCAGGCUCAGGCUCAAGGUAGGGUUCUUCACCAUACUCAUCAUCAUAACCCUUCGCAUGAAGAUCAUCAGCAAGAGAGUGGUGAGAAAGAUGAUUCUCAAGGCUCAGGGCGUUAA